AUGGAUCGCAGUGCAGCCUAUUGCUUACCUUCAGGAAAUCAAAUAAAGGUAGAGGCAGUUCGUGGCCAAAUUCAUUCUGGCUCGCCUUGGCAGCCACUACAGGGCUCAGGAAGCUUGUGCCAGAUUACGUUUUUUCGACUCUCUUCAGUCCUUCGUUGUCGGUUGGGUUAUUCAGUGAGGAUGGGGUGGGUGUGUUUUUAUUGACACAGAAUACCGAUCGAUUAGUGGAGCGAAUAUGAAUUUAUCGAAGUUACGUCGUGCUGGCCAGCUCUCUAAGCUUGGAACUGAGUGCCGCGCAGUUUUUCUCCGCCUGCGAGAAGUAGGCGUGAUGAAAAACAAGCUCAAGUCACUCGAUCUCGAGAACUUUCCCUGCUUGUGUCGUAUAUAAAACGGCGACUGUGGACGGAGGUCUGGGAUCGACAUCGAUGUGGUUGACCGUGGCGGGGAUGCGGAUUGUGUCUCCUAGUUUGCCAAGCUCGCACGCUCGCCAGGUGUAAGGGGACGGGACCCAUCAUGGAAAUGGAUCCCGUCCCCCGCUCGAAAGCCGUUGGUCAAGUGUUAAGUGCAUUUAUAUUUCAAUUUCUGGACAAUGCCAAUGGUUCUUGUGUUUUCGAGCCUUCCGCGGAAAUGCUUAAUCAACGAAGGAUGACAGCGUGCAGAUCAAACAUAUGAUCCACCUUGUUGUAGACUUCCCUGCCUUGCGAAGCGCAAGGAAGUAGGUCUUCACGCGAAUUCGACGAAAUAAGGCAGCAUGCUUCUGGUUCUGCAUCUGCGAGUUGCUGAAAUUAGUAGAACAGCUGACGCCACCUCGUCACGAGAACCAAGAAAAAGGUCAGAGAUCUUCAAAUAGUAGGUGUUUUUGUAGUUUGCUUGUUGUAUUAGGAUACACUUCGCCUGCCAAAUCAAUGACUGCGCUCUCC